UAAGACAAGAAACACCACCAUACAAUUUGUUUACAUCGCACCACCAAGUGUCAAAAACAACAGAAAAAAACAUUAGAACCAACAGAAAAUCACACGAAAACACAAACAACCUACUAAAAAUAAUUCAAAUCCGCUAACAGAAGUUUGUGUCAUGUGUAAAUGGAAGAACAUUAUUCAUGCACCAUUUCAAGUUGUUUUUAUGGGCACUCUAUGAGUCACAAUAGUCAGUUUAAUUUCCUUGAGGGUUAAAAACUAAUAAAGCAGCCAUGAAGAGGAAGAACAAAGGGGCACUUCCCCCUGCUAAGCAACACAAGGCUGAGGGCAAGACACACGAACCACCACCACAGUUCCUUGCUGGUCUGAAAUGUCACAUCCACCCAGCAAACUUUGGGCUGAUGCGCCAUAAGGUGUUUGAGAACCACAUCACACGGUAUGGUGGAGAGCUGGUGCUAUCCCUGCCUGACUGCUCUGAGGCUGUGUUCCAUAUAGUGUUUGAGGAGACUGUGGAUGAGGAGAAGGUGAAGCGUCUGGUGGACACAGCAAGGCUCCCUAACUGUGUAUUCCUGAAGUGCACCUGGCUGAUAGAGAGCAUCAAGGCCAAGACCAAGGCUGGGAUUGAGAGCCAUUUGAUUAUGCCCAUCACCUCAGUGGAGGACCAGUGCAGAGGAACAGAUGAAUCAUGGCUACAAGGGAUCUGCCAGACACAGGUGGAGGAUGCAGAAAAAGCACACAUUAAAAAUACAGAUGCUGCAAAGUCAGAGUUGCAAAGAAAUGAAAACCCUAAUGUACAAGAUUGUUCAGCUAAGAUCACUGCUCACUCAGCCUUGCAUGAGCAGAAGGAAAAUGUAGAGAGUCAGACAAGUGCUGAAGAAACCAAAGAAGACAAAUCAGUGGAGGAUGAGAGGGAGCCAGAAGAGUGCAGUGGAAAUGAAGUGCAGCAGAACAGGUCUGUGCUUCACAAAUGGGGAGCAAGAGUGGGUGAGGAGGAUCACAUGGAGUCGCUGAUAAGACCAUUUCCAAAGAAUUUGCAGGACAAGUUUGCCUGUGCCCGUCCAUCAAGCAGCAAGCCUGUAGAUCUCAACGCUCACAUCACCUCAGAGUUGGGCAAGCUGGCCGCCACCUACAAGAGUAAGAAUGACACCUGGCGUGCUGUGGGGUAUGAGCGUGCUGUCACUGCCAUCCGGAACUAUGGCAAGGAGAUCACAUCCAGAGAGGAGGCACUGGCAAUACCUGGGAUUGGUGGGCGCCUGGCGGACAAGAUUGCUGAGAUCCUGGAGAGUGGACGACUGAGGAAAGUGGCUGAGGUGUGCGAGGGGGAGGAGGCUGAGACUCUGCGGCUGUUCCUUGGGGUGUGGGGAGCUGGGCCCUCCACUGCACAGGCUUGGUACUUGCAGGAUUACCGAACCCUGGAUGACCUGAGGACCAAGGCAACACUGACUCGCCACCAGCAGAUUGGCCUCAAGCACUAUGACGACAUCAACUCGCGCAUCCCACGCUCUGAAGUGGCUGAGAUAGAGGACUAUGUGCGAGAGGCCACCCUGAGUCUGGUGAGGGGAGCUGAGGUGAUGGUGUGCGGCUCAUACCGGCGAGGGAAGCUGACCUGUGGUGAUGUGGACGUCCUCAUCACCCACCCUGAUGGCCACUCACAUGAACUAAUUUUCCGGCCGCUGCUGGCACAACUCAGAGACUCAGGCUUCGUGACUGAUGAUCUUGUCACUCAAGAGGACAAUGGAAAAUCCAUGAGACUGCUUGCCACCAAGAAGGGCAUGAGUCUGUCUGAACACAGCUUGCGAGCUGGCAUUGUGAGGCAGACUGGAGAGAAGCUGAGUGAUGGCUACAUGCUGGACACACCCACAGAGGAAUCAAUCUUUACACACCUUGGCUUGGAAUAUCAUCCACCUGAGGAGAGGGACCACUAGCACCAGCAGGAUCAGUGGUACAUUCCAAGUAUCAUUGAUCAGCUAGGCUUAUACUCUUGUUCACUUGUCAGAUUCAUGAAUAUUCUAUAAGAUGAGAUAAAAUCCAUCAUAGCUCUUAGAUCUUUUGUCAGGGUGAGGACAGACCUUCACCUUACUGGGCGUAAACAGGAAUCAGUUGUGCAUUGGUAUUUCCUCCACAUCAGAGUGUAACCGCUGAAUUGGUUAAUUUUAAGAAUAUUUUUCUUACAAGAAUGAUACUGGCUAAGAUGCUAGUAUCAUAAUCAAGCUAGUUUGUAAGGUAUUGAAUAUGAAUAUUAGGCAUGUGUAUGUGAUAUUUGACAAUAUGCAGUAAACCCCCACUUUGUCAUGUAGUUAUAAUCCUAAGAGACCAUGAAGUACUGAAAUCAAUGUUAUAUUGAUGUGAAUAACUGAAGACAUCAAUACUUAUAUCAUUUAUCAUAACUUGAAAUUGAUUUCUUGGGGUCAAAAUAGCUGUAUGAAUCACCCCUAUUAUUGGGUCGUUCACAAAAAGUGGAAAUUUUUUUGAAUGGCCAAAAACCUAUUAGUUUUCUCCUGCAAAAUUGAACUGUGCUGUGAAAAAUUGAGCUAUGUUGUAGGUAGCCCAUUCCCUGACAGAUAUUUUUGACCUUCAGUCUUACCUUCAAGAUUUAAAUUGAUUUUUCAAAAAUAUUUUUCCACUAAUAGUUGGGUGCACCCUAUAUCACCCUAACAUCAUGUCAAUAAGUUUUGCAGUGGUUAAUUAUCUAGUGAGGUCUGACAAAAAAUGCAUUCCUUAUAGAAACCACCAAGGCCAGCAUCCAGUUUGGAGACCGAAAAAAUAUGAAAAAAUUUUUUGUGUGGAAAAAAAAAUGUGGUAGAUAUACAUGUUUGGUAUUAUUUCGUGAAGUUUUAUGGUGAAAUGCACACUGGUUUCUGUUUAAAUGCCAUUUAAAGGUCCUGUACCCAACCACAUGCGUUUGUUUACAUCAGCAGAAUCGUCUUUUUUUUUUUUACUCAAAAACUACAAAAAAAAAAAAAAAGGCGAAAAUCUUAACUGUUUUUGGUGGACAUGAUACGGCAACACUGAAAGUGAGUGGUUGUCUAUAGGUGGUGUCAAUUAAGGCCACCAGCGAGACUCAGUAGGGGAAAAGCUAUUAGAAAGAGAGGUUGUUGCUGCGUCUCUCGCUACCUGCCUUUCAUUCUGCUAAACAGCACGUAGUUUAGGUACUGCAUCUUGCUAUUUACCUACUGCCAGUCCCAGAGUGUCGGGCCCAAGGGCUGUGGCUAAUUAUCCAUUUUCCCUUUCCGUAUGGCACUCGUACAGCAAUGGGGUAUGCCUAGGCACUUACUCUUAACAGCUUCACUGAUCCGGUGUCUCCCGGCAUAAGUAGAGGAAGAACACCUGGAAUAAGAGUAUGGAAGCUCAAAGAAUAAAAAGACAGCUUGUUGAACCUGACACCUCAGAUGCUCCAGUACACAUCCUUAUGUUAGCCACCACCGCCACCCUCACCACUGCCUGCCACUCCCACACCACACAUCUCACUCAGAACAAAGAAAAGGAAAUGAAGAAGAAAGGCCUCAUUACUCACAAUUAGAGAAGCUCUUCUACAAAAUAUUGAGAAAGGAAAUGAAGAUGUGGAUAGUGAUAACGAGCUUGUCAUGCUGAUGAAAAGGAGACUGAAAAAUCUACUUUCCUCUUGUUAUUCAUGCCCAGAUCCUGCCUUUGACUAUAGUUUCGAGUCUGAUGUAUACGAGAAUACAAUAACUAUGCACUGCACAACAUGCAACUUCAAGAACACAUCACAACCAGAAAAAGUGAGAGCUGGAUGUUGGAAGAAAAGCAUCUUCAGGACUAACAUAUCAUUGACAGGGGGGACUAGGAGCCUGAUAUGCUUAUAAAUACACAGGAUUGUAUUAUGAGAUUGUAGAUAAUAAAAAAGAACAUUUAG